GUCGACAUGGAGUUGCGCUACUGUAUAUACUGUGGAUACUCUCUGUUAAUAUUUAUGUGAAAAAGGCGGUAUAGUGCGAGACACUAAUUUCAAAUUGCGUACGAGUUUUCAAACGAGUGUUUUCUUUUGUUGUUAGAAGAAAGAUGAAUUUUGAUCCUUUAGGAUUUACAAGACAAACUGAGAUGGUGUUACGCGGUGUAGGUGCUGAGAAUUUAAUAAAAGAGAUUAAAAAUAAAAAUAUAUCAACCGAUCAGUUACAUAGGUUAACUGAAGAAGAUCUUACGAUACUCGGUGCUAAUGAAGACCAAGCAAAACGUAUUAUCAAUGCCUUAUAUGUUUCCAAGAAGCACAAAUCAAAUAUAAAGCCAAAACCUUAUCAUAGAAUAUCUGAAAAAAUAGAUCAAAUGUUGCAACAAGAAGAGACACAUUUACAUGUGAUUACAGAUUAUCUAAAAUACUGCAAACUCAGAUUGAAAAAAGAAAGAAUCAACUGUUUUGUUGAACCUGAUAAGGCUUUAAGUGCUUCCAAAAUUCUAUGUACCACUGCUGGCAUCACUCUUAAAGAAAUAACUGAUACAGAGUUGAAACUAAAAAACCUAGAAACUGUGAUAAUUAAACCUCAAGGAAAAAAAUUGUCUUUUGUAUUGUAUUGCAUUCCAAUUGGUGGUUUAUGCAUUGGAAUGUGCAUACUAUUACACAAAGUUUGGAAAUAAAAAGGUUUUGUAAGA